GAUGCGGGCCUGUUCAUAAUUAUUUAUGUUUACAAUCGAUCCUCACAUGGCUCUGCCUGAAUCGAAAAUAUCUGCUCCUGCGGAAGAUUCCAGUGAUGAUGAGGCAUGCGUUUUACCAGCAGACACGAUGCUCAUCUUGCAACAGUUCCUACAAGAGAAGGCUUUAAAAGAGCGCUCUGAAAAAGCCGGACCUGAGUCGGCAGGAUGCUUUGAAGAAAAUUGGCAACUAAGCCAAUUUUGGUACAACGAAGAAACGAAACAGAAACUUGCACUAAUCGUGAAACAUCUGCAAGAAAAUAAUCCUUCCGAUACGUUUCAAGUAGCGCUUCUAUCUGCACCGUCUGCGUUUAAGCACGUGGUGAAGGAAAAUAAGAACGCUAUGCUAUUUGAAUUUGACGAACGAUUUGCUUCCUAUGGAGAGAACUUUCAGCAAUAUGACUACAAUAGAGCAUUUGAUGCGGGCUACAUGGACGCGUAUGCCCAUCAAUUCAACCUGGUAAUCGCCGACCCACCGUUCCUGUCUGAAGAGUGUAUUGAAAAGAUGGGGGUGAUAGUGAAAAAGAUUACCAAGCAGGAGGGCAAAAUUGUUCUUUGCUCUGGGGCCGUAGUGCACGAUUGGGCAAAGAAGCAUUUCGGUGUUAGCAUGUGCGAAUUUCGGCCAGAGCAUGAACGUAACUUAGGCAAUGAGUUUCGAUCGUACGCUAAUUUCGAUUUGGACAGCAUCUUGAAUAAAGAACAGUGAUUUUGCAA